CAAGUGAGAGACUCUGAAACACCGCCAGGUUUUGGUGAUUAGGGACUCUCCCAGUCCCCGGUAUUUGGUGCACAAUUCGUGAAGGCCCCGCCCCCACCUCUGGGCCCCGCCCCAGCACCACCCCUUGCCCUCUUCCUCCCCCAGAUCUCCUCUCACCUCCCCUCCCUCGGUGGCUCCGUUAGGCCUCGCCCAGCUCCGCCUUUCCCAGUACCUCCCCCGCGUCCCAAGAUGGCUACGGUGCCGCCGGGCCCGGAGCCGUGGAACCGCGUAAAGAUCCCGAAGGCGGGGAGCCACAGCACAGUGACGGUAGAGGACCCCGAUGCGGCGCUGGACCUUUGUGUUGCAGCUGUAAUUAGAGAAUGUGGUCUUGUUACACUGUCACUGAAGAGCCAAACCCUGGAUGCAGAAACAGAUGUGCUAUGUGCAGUCCUUUACAGCAAUCACUACAGGAUGGGCCACCACAAGCCCCAUUUAGCCCUCAAACAGGUUGAACAAUGUUUAAAACGUUUGAAAAACAUGGAUUUGGAGGGUUCAAUUCAACAUCUGUCUGAGUUGUUUUCUUCCAAUGAAAAUCAUCGUGUAACUACCGAAGCGUAUGUCAUCCCUAGCCAACCAGUGGUUGAAUUGGUGCUCAUGAAGAUUUUGGGAGCCUGCAAGUUGUUACUUCGCCUCUUGGACUGUUGCUGCAAGACAUUUCUCUUGACUGUGAAACAUCUAGGUUUACAAGAAUUCAUUAUUUUAAACCUUGUGAUGGUUGGGCUGGUGAGCAGGUUAUGGGUUCUCUAUAAAGGUGUUUUAAAAAGGCUGACUUCUUUAUAUGAGCCAUUGUUUGGAUUGCUUCAUGAAGUCUCUAGGAUUCAACCACUGCCUUACUUCAAAGAUUUUACCUUUCCUUCUGAUAUUGCCGAAUUUUUAGGACAGCCCUAUUUUGAGGUCUUUAAGAAAAAAAUGCCCACAGCUUUUGCAGCUAAAGGAGUAACUAAAUUGUUAAAUAAACUGUUUUUAACAAAAAAUCAAUCACCAAGGUCUAGCAAAGAAACUGUACACAGAAUUUCCAAAAAAGCUAAGCAAAUGAAGAUCAAUAUACAGAAUAAUGUGGAUCUUGGACAGCCAGUAAAGAGUAAGAAAAUCUUCAAAGAGAAGUCAUCAGAAUUUGAUUUGAGAGCUUUCUGCAAACAGCUGAAGCACAAGGCUAUUCAGGAGACCAGCGUUAAAUGUUCUCAGUCCAAACUAAAGGCAACCAAACAUUCUUCUCAGAGAGCAUCAGGAACUCCCUGUGCCAAAAGUUUUGUGCAAAGAUUUCGAGGGGCUAAGACUUUCACUCAACUUUCUGAAGAAAUCCAAAUGGCAAUUUUGUGGUGCAGGAGCAAAAAACUCAAGGCUCAGGCCUCCUUUCUGGGUAACAAACUUCUUAAAAGUAACCGGCUUAAACAUGUGGAAGCUCAAGGCCAUAGUUUACCAAAGAAACUAAAGUGCAUAAAAGCAUCUAUUUGCAACUGCCUUCUUCGUGGCUCAGGAAUCAAGACUUCAAAGCAUCAUUUGAGACAAAGAAGAUCUCAGAGUAGAUUUUUACUGGGACAGAAGAGACUGCAGAGAAAGUUGCAGUUGACUCUUUCAAAGGAAAUUCAACAGUCCCCUCAAGGGAUGCAGAAUGCUACAGAUAGCAGAAAAUGGAAACGUUCACACUAUUCAGUUCAUAGAACUGAUCUCUACCCCAACAAUAAGCAACUCUUGAGGAGCAGAGUUUCAAAUCCUGUCAUACAAACUAAAGAGAAACAAAUUCAUGAAAACCUUACAGGAAACAAUGAAAAUGAAACUAACUCAUGGACAGUGAUGCAAAUGAACAAACAUAAUACAUCAGGAACCAUUAAGGAGACAGAUGACAUUGAUGAUAUUUUUGCCUUAAUGGGUGUUUAAAUGCUCAUAUAUGAGACAUUUAAGCGCUUAACAAACUGGUCCAGUGUUCUGUUUUACGUGGAACUUGCUGAGUUCUGGAAAGAUUUGGAAAUACUACUUGGACUCAGAGAGGAGCUUAUUUAGUGUAACGCUGUACAGCAGUAAUGUCAGUUCAAUAAAUAUUUAUAGUAGCUCUGUGUCAUUUAAUUGACAAGUACUUGACUACUAAAUAGUCAAAUUUUCACUUUGUACCAGGGGUUAAGAUGAAAAAAUUUACCAUAUCCUGUCCUUGAGAAGCAGAUGUAAUUCCUUAAUUAAAGCUGGUGGGUCCCUGGGGCACCUGGGUGGCUUAGUCGGUUAAGUUAAGCAUCCCAGCAUCAGCUCAGGUCAUAAUCUUACAGGUUCAUGAGUUUGAAGCCCACGUCACGCUCUGUGCUGACAGCUCAGAGCCUGGAGCCUGCUUUGGAUUCUGUGUCUCCCUUUCUGUCUGCCCCUACCCCACUCGUGCUCUGUCUCUCAAAAAUAAACAUUAAAAAAGAAAAAAAAAAAAAGCUGGUGGGUCCCUUAAAAACUGAAUAAUUUUAUGAUUUACCAGGGAAUUAGGAACUGAGUAAUUAGGUUGAUAAAAACCUACUCUGUGCCUUAGAUAUAUGGGGAUGGGCUGGGAUGGAAAGCAAAGUAUCAAGGAGUACUUAAAAGGUCACUUUGGUCUUAUGGCUCCAUUUUAGGUAAGUCCCCCUCUGAACACCAAGGUUUGUAGCUUCUAAUGGUUGUGCAUAUAAUUCUUGAUUAUAUACUAGAAUUAAUCAUCAAAAAGGACUAAAAAAAUUUGCCACUAAGUGUAUUAUCAGGGACUGGUCACAACCAUUAUUUCACUUCAUCUUUUCACCAUACCUCACAGGAAGGCAUAUUAAAAUGAUUUUGAAGAUCUCUAAAAGUUUCUGGGGUUUUUUUUUUUUUUUUUGGUUUAUUUAUUUGGGUGCCAGUGAUUAAUUCCAAAUAGACUUUUCUCCAAAAAGGACGUACGGUGGCAUAUAGUUAUACAUGAAGUACAAGAUAACAAAAUAGAAGUAGAUGAGGAAGUCAAAUGAAAAAUAAAGCUUAUUGGGUGCCUGGGUGGCUCAGUCGGUUAAGCACCGAAUUCUUGAUUUUGGCUCAGGUCAUGAUCUCACAGUUUGUGGGUUUGAGCUCUUUGUGGGUCUCCAUGCUGAUGGUGCAAAGCCUGCUUGGGAUUCUGUCUCCCUCUCUCUCUGCCCUCCCCUGUUCUCUCUCUCUCUCUCUCUCUCAAAAUAAAUAAGUUAAAAAAAAAAAAAAAAAGAAGAAGAAGAAGAAAAA